AGCUCGGCUCAGUUGAGACUUACUGCUCAGCCGGUGCACACGCAUGCCACGAAUCUCUCUCUUUCCUACUUACAUAUAUCGCGGCUUCCUGAUUGCGAUUAGACUAGUACAAGCCGCACCACCGGAUCAAACAGGCUCAGACAGUUUUGUUAACGCUUCUUCGAGCGCGACUGCAAUGGGUCGUUCGCGCGUUUAGAUAGCGAUUUCGCAUCGAAGGGGGUUCAGAUCGUUUAUCGGGGGAGAAAGGAACCGAAACAGAGAGAAAGAAAACAUGGAGAGAUCUAUCGAUCGAUAAUAGUGGCGCAAAUAUCUGCGAAUCGAUGAGAUAUCUUAUCAGAGAAAACGAAAACAGUCCGAGUGGUAUAAAUUGAACUGAAUCUCGUAAACAAGUGGUACCGUUUGUUGUUUACGAAAGAUCUUGACAGAGAAGGGAAAGGAGGAAGGAUCGAACGUAGAGGAAGAUAUUCCCGUUGGAAUUAUGGGGUUCUUCGGGGUGUUCGUGUGGCUGAUGGUCGCCUCGACCAUGAACGGUGUGUCGUGUCACCAUCACCGUCGCGGUGUCCACGUAGAGGACAGGAAUAAUAAGGGGGAUCUGGUGGAGCACGUGAAAAGGUACACAGCUAGGAACGAGGAGAACGUGGUGUCUUCCGAAGGAGAAAAGAACAAGAGAGAUUUCAACGAUGAAGAGACUAAGAUCGCGAUACCGUUUAGCGAGAGGAGGCUGGAGAAGAUGCUGGAGAAGGCUAUACUGAAGAUAAUCACCGGUGAACUGAGCACUGGUGACAUGUUAUUGUUGAAGAGCUUGAAUUACAGUUUAGAAGAGGUUCUAGCGAUUCGCGAGAGAGAAUUGAGCAAGAAGAAGGAGGAGGAAUCGAGGAAGAAGGAAAGUAUGAAACCACGGGCGAAGACGUUGUACGGAGACGAGAAGAAGAAUAGACACUGGGACAAGAAUUCCAUGGAUCGUACUUCUUCCAGAAAUCCUGACUUCGAGGACGUCGAUAAACCGGGUAAAAAGAAUCGACACGUGGACAGUUCUUUGUACAAGGACUUCGACUUCGAGGCGUACAACAAACAAGCGAUCCUCGAUUACGAGAACCUGUCCUCUAAUCUAGAAUUUCAACAAUCCUGGUCUGAACCCACAGCCGCCGAUUACGAGGAGACUACGAAAGCUUCGAAGGAAGAGGACAUCGGUCAGAAUCUUCAUCGUGACUUUGACAGAGCCAUGGAGCCACACGUGGUCUUCAAGAUACGCUACGACGAUUCCGAGUUCGAUUCUAGUUCAGGCUCCGACGAGAAUAGCAAAAAUCAUCUCAGAACGUCCAAGCAUCGAGCAUCUUCGAGUGUGAGGCACACUACUUCGAGGAGUGCUGGUAAUUCCUUUCAUGCGUCCACACCGUCCACGAUCCCUUCAACUACUGCUGCUACUCUGCCUCUGGUCUAUCGUUUGACUAGCCCUAACAGUAAGGAUAACGAUCUAAAUAACGAUUACUCUACCACGACCGCAUCUUCGACUUCGAGUACCACGAGUACCACGUCGAGUAGCGUACUUGAAGAAGUCUUCAGGGAUGAGAAUAAGACGAGUAUCGUUGGCAAUACCGACAAUUCUACCAACGAAGCAGAAGUCUCGAAGAGUGACGAGAAACCUAGAGGAAGUAAGAAGAUCAGCGAGUACGAGGGUCUCGAGUGGGUCGAGGACGACGUUUACAGGGUGAUCCCCGAAUUCGCCAACUCUUUGGGAUUCGAGAACACCGAGGACAACGAGACGUCCGACUAUGAGGACUCUAGCCGCGAUUCCCGGCUGAAUUGGACCAUGGAGGAGAACGAGAACGACACCUCGGAGUAUCAGAACGACACUCCCGAUUCAGUCAAGCUCUUCACGGCCAAUAACAACACGUCCGCUAGCAAUCUUCCUUUGGCAAACCUGUCUACCUAUCUGCAAGUGGCGAUUGCUCAUCGACGAGGAGGAAACCUAACCUCAAGCUUCGACAGCCAGGGUGAAAAAGCCAUCGAGGACAUCAAAUCCCGCGUCCUGGCUCUUACAGGAAGAUUCAAUCUCAGCGCCAACACCAAUCAGGUUCAACGCGAACGCUUGACCAUGUUCUCGCCCACCUGCCAGAUUCCACGGAACACGGACCAGGAUGCAUGGGCGGACCCGUUCUCCAUGAACAUGCACUUCCAGCUGAACCUCACUUCCGGUGACCACGUUAUCGCCGCGAAAUUGAGAAUCUUCAAGUUACCCCAGGAAAACGUUACGUCCUCUUCAGAGGGAACGUUCGACGAGGAAGAGGAAGACGAGAAGAAGAUCAGGAUAUCGGUGUUUUACUAUACGAAGUCGUUGAAGAGGCAUCGAUCGAAGAAACGUUUGAUGGAUUCCGUGGUGACGCCGCUCACGUCGAAAGGCACACAUCUGGCGUUGGACGUUAGGCAAGGUCUUCGUUUCUGGAGAUUAAAUCCACGAAAUUCACAUGGAAACGGAAGUAACCAUGGUUUGGUGAUUCAGGUUGAAGAUCAGGAUGGAAAACCGUUGAAACCGGCUUUGUAUAUUCAGCAACCGUCUUGCGCCGACCAGGAUUCAGAUCAGAAGGCAUACCAGCGAGUACCUGCACUCUUCGUACGAGCCUGUACUCGUUAUGUUCGCAUCGUAAACGGCAAAACAGAGACGUACGUGAACUGCAGGCACUAGAGCGAUGGGAAAAACACUUACGCGUCGUUAAACAAUAGACAAUCGUUAAUUACGCACUUUAUUCUCGUGACAAUAAGGAAACGGAAUUAUUUUCACGAGGAACAUUGAUCACCACGUUUCAACUAUCACUCGGUUUAUACGUGAGAACCAAUAAGAGAGCAGUAUGUAUUUUUACGGAAAGGGUAGUAAUUUUCAGGACGUGACAGGUUGAUCGAUUGGAUCGAUAUUUUUAAAUUCCUCGUGAAAAUGCAAAAGACUUAAUUUCUUAUGGUUCCUCGUGCAAAACUAUGUUCGUAGAUUGCAUCGAUAUGUCCAGGAAAAUUUUCAAUCUUUUUUAUAAGAUAAUCGUAUCUUCGUCGAUAUCUAUCGUUCUAAAUGCGCAUUAGAUUCUACAUGAAAACAAUUGACUGGCUUAUCCCCUCCACUGUUCAAAUUAGUCUCAAGUGGAGUGAAAAACGCGCGAAAAGUGUAACAGUGGUGAACGAGUGAAAAAGUGCGUUUGAUCCCGGUAAAAGUUCUAUUAUAGACUGUUUUUUUAAUUUAAAGAAGACGUUAAGUUAACGAUGAGGCGCCUCGUUAUUUAAGUUCACUAAUGGUAAGUUGUAUUUUAUUGUUUCGUAUCGUUUUUCUUAGCGACUGCGUUGUGGCUGGCUUUCAAGCUGGUACUCGCCAUUUUCCGGGUAAUUUUAGAGUUAGAUUUUUUUUAGUACGAUUUAACGAGUGUAGAUACCAGUGAAAGUGAACCGGUAGAUCGAUAAUAUUGAUUAGAUCGUUGAUUAGAUUAGCUAUUAGAUUACUAUAUUGACCUGUAUGCACAUGUACGUGCAACGUAGCACACGCGUGUACACGUCAUGCCCACGACUGAUGCAACCAAAUGUAAGAGCUUAGAGGUAGAUAUUUAUGUUUUAUGUUAAUUAAUUGAGCAGCGCAGAGCCGUGUAGGCUCUUUAUUAUUAUAUUUUGGGUGGAGCUACAAGCAGAAAUUUACAUUUUACCAGAGAGUUUAAUGUGCACCAAGUGCCUUAUCUUGCUUCUCUUAGGUUGUAAUGGUCCACCCAAAAGAUUAUGCUACUUACUAUUAUACACAGUUAUUGUUUAACAAAGGAGGCAACAUGUUCUUGCAAAUCUUUCAUGAUUGUUGUAUAUAAUGUAUAUUUAAUUGCCUGGUUGUACAAAAAUAAAUGCAUCGAUGUCGAAACUUAUAAAUGCCUUUACAUCGGGCACAUUUUA